AUGAAAAAUAGUAAACAAAUAAAUAAUAAUAAUAAUAAUAAUAAGAAAUUGGUAACAUCAGAAAUAUUUAGAUCAAAUAAUAAAGAAUUAAUAAUAGGUAGUUUAAAUAAAAUAAAUGAUUGGAUUUUAACAACAAAUAAUAUUAAAGAUAUAGAAGGUUUGGGUAUUUUCAAAUCACUUUACCAAUUAAUCGAUAAAUACAAUCAACAAUUUCAAAAUGAAGAAGAACAAGAAGAAUAUUAUUUAAUACAGGAACAACAGCAAUUAUCAUUAAUAAAUUUAGAAGAUAACGAUUUAUUUGAGGUUAUAAAGGUUUUACUCCGAUUUCUUAAAAAUUUAACAGUUAAAGAGACAAGUGUAAAUGAAACGCUUCGAUCAUUGGAUUAUAUUCAUCGUGUGGAGUUUAUAUUGAACAAUAGUUUUGAUGUAGACCUUCUAAAUGAUUCAUCAACUGUUAUCGAGUGUCUUAGGAAAUGUUUACCCAAUAGUGUCAGAACUGUAGGUGUCGGUGAAUAUAGCGAGGAAAAUGGUCAAUUUCAAUAUUCAAUAUCAAUGAAGCAAUUAACCUUUCAGGAAGUAUUUGUGGCAUGGAGAGUAUGGGAAAGUGGGAUAGGCUUUGGAAAAUGGCUAUUAGAAAAUAAAAAAAUAUUUGAAGGAAAAGAAGUAUUGGAGCUUGGAAGUGGGUUAGGGGUCUUGGGUUUUAUGGCUGGUUUAAUUUGUAAAUCAGUUUUAAUGACUGAUUAUACACCAAAGAUUCUAUCUACUUUAAAAGAAAAUUUAAAAUAUAAUUCGUCAAGAAUACCAGAAAUUAAAAAAGCAUGCUCAGUGGAAUCAUUAGAUUGGUAUAAAGACAAACCCAAGAGUUUUUAUUAUGAUAUAGUUAUUGGCAGCGAAGUGGUUUAUGAUGAGAAAAAUGUUGAUCAACUAUCAAAUAUUAUACAUCAAAGUUUAACACCCAACGGGGUUUUUUAUAGUGCAUGCGCAUGUGUAAGAAGAGGAAUACCAGAGUUCAAAAAAGCAAUGGAAUCUAGAGGUUAUCAAGUAAAUUUAUCAAUUUUCCCAAAAAGAUACGUCCCAGACACAAAAUAUGAAACCAUAUUUUUUGAAUGCAGAAGAAAAAAAUAA